UGUGCUGCACACGGAAACGUGCAUGGACGACAUUGAGGUCCUCUAAGAGCAGUCAUGUACAGAAGAUUGUUAAUAAAUAUUUAUCAGGUCCGAAAUGGAUUAAUUCACACGCAGAAUCCACGACCACCUUUCACGAAAUGCAAAGAAGGCGAGUUUUCUUCUUCGUCAGGUUUUUUCUGGCCCAAGGAUAAAGCAAGCCAAAGGCUAUUGGGAACCAGUAGUAUCGCCUUUAGUGAAAAUAAAGACAACACCACAUCUUCGUCACAAGACAAGAAAACAGAGGGGAAUGAAUCUGUUGCAGAGGUUAUCAAAGAUGAACAGAAGAAAACUGAAAUUCAAAAUGAGGGCACUGAAACUUCAAAAGAAGCGUGGACAUCACAGACUGAAGCAGCUAAACCUGAGGAAAGCAAACCGCAUGAGAAGACAAAAACUGGAAAAGAGAAUCUUUUAGAGCUGCUUGGAGCCAUGAAGGUGGAGGUCACAACCAAACGUAAAAUAAGACCCCCCAAAAUUGUAAGGACCAGUGAGAGACCGGAGCCCAAGACCGUGGAAAGCGCGCACAGUAUGUUUCAGCAGGCCACAGCUGAGGGUUCACCACAGCGUGAGAUAUUAAACCCAGAACUGGUUGCUGCAGCCUCAGCUGCCGCAUCCACGCUGCCCAACAGCCAUCAGGCCGAAUCAGAGCUCCUUCAGCAACUGAGGAAACAUGAAGCCAUACCUGACACCCAGAAGAGAGCAGAAGGACAGAACAUCGGAGACAUAAUAGCUGAUAUGAAAGUAGGAAAGAGGCAAAAUGGCAGAACAAGUGCAAGGCCGACUAGUCAGAUUCGUUUCGAUGAUGAUGGCAGGGGAUAUACUCAAGACAGAGGCAUUACAAGUGAACUUGAUGCAGUGCGUAGAAGGAAGAGUCCUUUUACUGGUAAAAGGCUGAACAUCUUUGCUGCUGUGGAACAGGAUGCAGUUUCAGAUCUGAGCCCCACCCUUUGGGAUAUUGAGCUAGCCAAUCAGAUUGUCCAGUCAACAAAUCAAAUACCUCGGAAUGGUUUUGAGGAGAUGAUCCAAUGGACCAGAGAGGGCAAGCUUUGGCAAUAUCCAAUCAACAACGAGGCUGGCCUGGAGGAGGAGGCUCGUGUGCCCUUUCAUGAGCAUGUGUUCCUGGAGAAGUACCUGGAUGACUCAUUCCCCCGGCAGGGUCCUGUCAGGCACUUCAUGGAGCUUGUGAUCACUGGCCUUGCAAAGAAUCACCACCUCACAGUUAAGCAGAAACAGGAGCAUAUCGCAUGGUUCAGAGACUACUUCCAGCAGAAAGACAGUGUCCUCAAAGAGGCUGAGGCAUAGCUGAACAUCAAGGACAAAUACAGAAUGCUCUAGAACCAGCUUGUUAAAAACCAAACUGUUGUUAAGAUGAGAGAAAUGGCAACAAGAUGCAAGGAGUUUAGAAUUGCAUCAUCAUCAUCAUCAAUUCCUUGUGGUGAGCUGUGGACAUUGUGCUGCAAGCGGUUUAAUGUUGACAUAUAAAUACCUAAUAAAGCUGUUUUCCAAAAAAUGG